AUGUACGACUCCUAUCGUCCCCACCCUCUCCUUGCCCAGGUCCCACUGACCGUUUCACCCUUCAUCAACCUCCCCACCUCCGUCACAUUACCCUACACGUACAAAUCUGUUCCCUCGUCUCUACCCCCGUCAGUGACAAUCGAUCCAAACAGCCCGGAUGGUAAGGCCCGGUAUGUCGUCUCCCCAAGCGGUGAGCACGCAGCUCAUCCAGACGAUGUCCUCGCCGCAUGCCACUCCCUCGAACAACAUUUGAAUCAGGCUCGCGCCAACGCGGAGCAAGCGAUCAACACAUGGAAAGAGGCUAUAAAACAACGCGAGCUAGCGGAAAAGAGACGCCUCGCUCCUGGGUGGCUCGACCGCGAGGAAAAGCUCCUUCAGCCUAGCCGGACCAAUACCUCCCCUGACGCAAAUGGCGAUGCCCCUACAAGCCUUUUGGAUAGUUCUUCCCCUGACCAGGGCUCUUCGCAGUUACCGACUAUGGUUCCGCACAACGAUGGGGAGGAGCUAGAUAGGGCGUUCGGUGGUCUAGGUGUGAAAUGA